CUUGUCAUAUGGCAAUGCCUACAUCAUCCAAUCCAAUGUAUGAGUUCAUUCCUUGUCAUAUGGCCAUGCCUACAUCAUCCAAUCCAAUGUAUGAGUUCAUUCCUUGUCAUAUGGCCAUGCCUACAUCAUCCAAUCCAAUGUAUGAGUUCAUUCCUUGUCAUAUGGCCAUGCCUACGUCAUCCAAUCCAAUGUAUGAGUUCAUUCCUUGUCAUAUGGCCAUGCCUACAUCAUCAAAUCCAAUGCAUGAGUUCAUUCCUUGUCAUAUAGCCAUGUCUACAUCAUCCAAUCCAAUGUAUGAGUUCAUUCCUUGUCAUAUAGCCAUGCCUACAUCAUCCAAUCCAAUGUAUGAGUUCAUUCCUUGUCAUAUGGCAAUGCCUACAUCAUCCAAUCCAAUGUAUGAGUUCAUUCCUUGUCAUAUGGCCAUGCCUACAUCAUCCAAUCCAAUGUAUGAGUUCAUUCCUUGUCAUAUGGCCAUGCCUACAUCAUCCAAUCCAAUGUAUGAGUUCAUUCCUUGUCAUAUGGCCAUGCCUACAUCAUCCAAGCUUCACCUACAUUUCUCUCUAUCUGACCUUAUAUAUUCAAUCCAGUCAACAAAAAUGCUUGCCGCCUGCUUAUUCCUUUGCAUUAUUGCUCAUUACAGUAGACUCUUGGUUUUUGAUUCCUAUUUUGCAU